CGGCCGUCGGCGCUCGGAGCCGGUCCCCCGCGCGCCGGUCCCCGCGCGCCCCCAGGCGCGCCUGGCUGAGGGCUCUCCUCCGCGUGCGCGAAAGGGGAUAUGCCAUUUGGACAUGUAAUUGUCGGCACGGGAUCUGAGACGUCCAAAAAAUGAAGCUGGCGACAGGACUGUGGGUCUGGGUGAGCCUUCUCGUGGCGGCGGGGACCGUCCAGCCCAGCGCUUCUCAGUCAGUGUGUGCAGGAACAGAGAAUAAGCUGAGCUCUCUCUCUGAUCUGGAGCAGCAGUAUCGAGCCCUGCGCAAAUACUAUGAGAACUGUGAGGUAGUCAUGGGCAACCUGGAGAUAACCAGCAUCGAGCACAACCGGGACCUCUCCUUUCUGCGGUCUAUUCGAGAAGUCACAGGCUACGUGUUAGUGGCUCUUAACCAGUUUCGUUACCUGCCUCUGGAGAACUUACGCAUUAUUCGUGGGACAAAACUUUAUGAGGAUCGAUACGCCUUGGCAAUAUUUUUAAACUACAGAAAAGAUGGAAACUUUGGACUUCAGGAACUUGGAUUGAAGAACUUGACAGAAAUCCUAAAUGGUGGAGUCUAUGUAGACCAGAACAAAUUCCUUUGUUACACAGACACAAUUCAUUGGCAAGACAUUGUUCGGAAUCCAUGGCCUUCCAACUUGACUCUGGUGUCAACAAAUGGUAGCUCAGGAUGUGGACGUUGCCAUAAGUCCUGUACUGGCCGAUGCUGGGGACCCACAGAGAAUCAUUGCCAGACUUUGACAAGGACAGUGUGUGCAGAACAAUGUGAUGGCAGGUGCUACGGACCCUACGUCAGUGACUGCUGUCAUCGAGAAUGUGCUGGGGGCUGCUCGGGACCCAAGGACACCGACUGCUUUGCCUGCAUGAAUUUCAAUGACAGUGGAGCAUGUGUUACUCAGUGUCCCCAAACUUUUGUCUACAAUCCAACCACCUUUCAGUUGGAGCAUAACUUCAAUGCAAAGUACACGUAUGGAGCAUUUUGUGUCAAGAAGUGCCCACAUAACUUUGUGGUCGAUUCCAGUUCUUGUGUGCGUGCCUGUCCUAGUUCCAAGAUGGAAGUAGAAGAAAAUGGUAUUAAAAUGUGUAAACCUUGCACUGAUAUUUGCCCAAAAGCUUGCGAUGGCAUUGGCACGGGAUCACUGCUGUCAGCUCAGACUGUGGAUUCCAGUAACAUUGACAAAUUCAUAAACUGCACCAAAAUCAAUGGGAAUUUGAUCUUCCUUGUCACUGGUAUUCAUGGGGACCCUUACAAUGCAAUUGAAGCCAUAGACCCAGAGAAACUGAAUGUCUUUCGGACCGUCCGAGAGAUAACAGGUUUCUUGAACAUACAGUCAUGGCCCCCAAACAUGACCGACUUCAGUGUUUUUUCUAACCUGGUGACCAUUGGUGGAAGAGUACUCUACAGUGGCCUCUCCUUGCUUAUCCUCAAGCAACAGGGCAUCACUUCUCUCCAAUUCCAGUCCCUGAAGGAAAUCAGUGCAGGAAACAUCUAUAUUACAGACAACAGCAACCUGUGCUAUUAUCACACCAUUAACUGGACAACACUCUUCAGCACUAUCAACCAAAGAAUAGUUAUCCGGGACAACAGGAAAGCUGAAAACUGUACUGCUGAAGGAAUGGUAUGUAACCAUCUGUGCUCAAGCAAUGGCUGCUGGGGACCCGGGCCAGACCAGUGCCUGUCCUGCCGUCGCUUCAGCAGGGGGAGGACCUGCAUAGAGUCCUGUAACCUCUUUGAUGGUGAAUUUCGGGAGUUUGAGAAUGGCUCCAUCUGUGUGGAGUGUGACCCCCAGUGUGAGAAGAUGGAAGAUGGCAUCCUCACAUGCCAUGGACCGGGACCUGACAACUGUACCAAGUGCUCCCAUUUUAAGGAUGGCCCGAACUGUGUGGAAAAAUGUCCAGAUGGCCUGCAGGGUGCAAACAGUUUCAUCUUCAAGUAUGCUGAUCAGGAUCGGGAGUGCCACCCAUGCCAUCCAAACUGCACCCAAGGGUGUAGCGGUCCCACUAGUCAUGACUGCAUUUACUACCCUUGGACGGGCCAUUCCACUUUACCACAACAUGCUAGGACUCCUCUAAUUGCAGCGGGAGUUAUCGGCGGGCUCUUCAUCAUGGUCAUCAUGGCUCUAACAUUCGCAGUUUAUGUUAGAAGGAAGAGCAUCAAAAAGAAAAGAGCCUUGAGAAGGUUCCUGGAAACAGAGCUGGUAGAACCCUUAACUCCCAGUGGCACAGCCCCCAAUCAAGCUCAACUUCGCAUUUUGAAAGAAACUGAGCUCAAAAGAGUGAAAGUACUUGGCUCGGGUGCUUUUGGAACUGUUUAUAAAGGUAUUUGGGUCCCUGAAGGAGAAACAGUGAAGAUUCCUGUAGCUAUUAAGAUUCUUAAUGAAACAACUGGUCCCAAAGCCAAUGUGGAGUUUAUGGAUGAAGCUCUGAUCAUGGCAAGUAUGGACCAUCCACACUUAGUCCGGUUAUUGGGUGUCUGUCUGAGCCCAACUAUCCAGCUGGUUACACAGCUUAUGCCCCAUGGCUGCCUGUUGGAUUACGUCCAUGAACACAAGGAUAACAUUGGAUCACAGCUGUUGCUUAACUGGUGUGUCCAGAUAGCGAAGGGAAUGAUGUACCUGGAAGAAAGGCGGCUCGUUCAUCGGGACUUGGCAGCCCGUAAUGUCUUAGUGAAAUCUCCAAACCAUGUGAAAAUCACAGAUUUUGGACUAGCCAGACUCUUGGAAGGAGACGAAAAAGAGUAUAAUGCUGACGGAGGAAAGAUGCCAAUUAAGUGGAUGGCUCUGGAGUGUAUACACUAUAGGAAAUUCACCCACCAGAGUGAUGUUUGGAGCUAUGGAGUCACUAUUUGGGAACUGAUGACCUUUGGAGGAAAACCCUACGAUGGAAUUCCAACCCGAGAAAUCCCUGAUUUAUUAGAGAAAGGAGAACGUUUGCCCCAGCCUCCCAUCUGCACUAUUGAUGUCUACAUGGUCAUGGUCAAAUGUUGGAUGAUUGAUGCUGACAGUAGACCUAAAUUUAAAGAACUGGCCGCUGAAUUUUCGAGGAUGGCUCGAGACCCUCAAAGAUAUCUAGUUAUUCAGGGUGAUGAUCGUAUGAAACUUCCCAGUCCAAACGACAGCAAGUUCUUUCAGAAUCUCUUGGAUGAAGAGGAUUUAGAGGAUAUGAUGGAUGCUGAGGAAUACCUGGUCCCUCAGGCUUUCAACAUCCCACCUCCCAUCUAUACUUCCAGAGCAAGAAUUGACUCAAAUAGGAGUGACAUUGGACACAGCCCUCCUCCUGCCUACACCCCCAUGUCAGGAAACCAGUUUGUGUACCGAGACGGAGGUUUUGCCGCAGAACAAGGAGUGCCCGUGCCCUACAGAGCCACCACCAGCACCAUCCCAGAAGCUCCCGUUGCUCAGGGGGCUACCCCCGAGAUUUUUGAUGACUCCUGCUGUAACGGCACCCUGCGCAAGCCAGUGGCACCCCAUGUCCAAGAGGAUAGCAGCACCCAGAGGUACAGCGCUGACCCCACAGUGUUUGCCACAGAACGGAGCCCACGAGGAGAGCUGGAUGAGGAAGGUUACAUGACCCCUAUGCGAGACAAACCCAAACAAGAGUACCUGCACCCUGUGGAAGAGAACCCUUUUGUUUCUCGAAGAAAAAAUGGAGACCUUCAAGCUUUGGAUAAUCCUGAAUAUCACAGUGCUUCCAACGGUCCGCCCAAGGCAGAGGAUGAGUAUGUGAAUGAGCCACUGUACCUCAACACCUUUGCCAACGCCUUGGGGAAUGCCGAGUACCUGAAGAACAAUGUACUGUCUGUGCCAGAGAAGGCCAAGAAGGCAUUCGACAACCCUGACUACUGGAACCACAGCCUGCCGCCUCGGAGCACCCUUCAGCACCCAGACUACCUGCAGGAGUACAGCACAAAAUAUUUUUAUAAACAAAAUGGACGGAUCCGGCCUAUUGUGGCAGAGAAUCCUGAAUACCUCUCUGAGUUCUCAUUGAAGCCAGGUACUGUGCUGCCUCCUCCACCCUACAGACACCGAAAUACUGUGGUGUAAGCUCAGCAGUGGUUUUAACGUGGAGAGACAUGCCCACUCCAAUUUCCCUCCCGCCUCUCUUUCUCUUAUGGUCUUCCUUCUACACCCAAGGCCAGUAGUUUUGACACUUCCCAAUGGAAGCUCUAGAGAUGCAAUGAUAGUUACGUGCUUAUCUAACUUGAACAUUAGAAGGAAGGACAGAAAGAGAAAGACAGGAGGAACCACACUGUUUCUUCAUUUCUCUGCAUGGGUUGGUCAGGAGACUGGAACAGCUAGAGAAGGCAAAUAUAAGACAACACUGCCUGCUGUCAAACUAGUUCUCAACUUUUUUCUUUCUCUCUCUUUUUUUUUAAUGCAGAUGCUUGAAAGACCCAUGCUAUCCGUUCCUAUUUGUAGGAAAUGAUAUCUGCAUUUUCAGCAUCCCUGGAAAUUCUAAUAACGUUUCCAUUAGAACAAAAGGAUAACCUUUUCUAUAACAUAUGAUAGUAACUGAGAUGGAGAAUCCAAUUUCUUUCUCCAACAGUUUCUAUCCUGACAGGCAAGAAUGGUCAAUUCAGCUUUCGUAAUUUUUUAAUCUCCGUCAAAGUUAUAACUAGCAAUUAUGUUAGGAGGCCUUUUUCUGUUUUUUUCAUUUUAUUUUGCUUCGAUCUGUCUCUUCAUAUUCCUUUCUCCCCUGUUUCGCUUUAAUUUCUAAUUGCAAAGAUUUUUACAUCAAAGCUUCUUAUGUGUUGCUAUAACUGACAAUUUUUAAAAUAUAUAUUUUAAUAUGGCGAAACACCCACUAUUUUAAAUAUACAGUCUUUAAAAUUGGAAGGGGAGGUCAAGAUAUUAGUCAAAUGUAACAUCAAAUCUAACUUCCAUGUUUCACACUAUUGAAUAUGUACCCCCUUUCCUUUCGAUUCUUCAACAUUUUCUUCUCCUCCAUAAGUGACAGUACUUGAUAGGCAGUUGGUAAUGUUAAGAGUAGAAGGGAAACUAAGAGACAGCUCUGUGUGGUUCAUGAAAACUGCUGACACUUUCAGGGGUGGUCCAAUGGGAAUCCACUGAACUGGAAGAAACACUGGAUUGGGUACGUCUACCUGGCAGAUACUCAAAAAUGUAGUUUGCACUUAAGCUAUAAUUUUAUUUGUUCUCUCUCCGAACUCCAUUUUGGAUUUUGAAUGAAGCAAUAUGGAAGUAACCAGCAAAAUAACUAAUUUAAGUACAUUUUUUAAGAAAAGCUAAGACAAAGACAGACUGUGGAAAUGCCAGACCACACAAAUGAGGACUUUAGAACAGUAUCCAGGGGUUGUGGUGAGGGGGCCAGCACAUUAUCUACUUGUGAUAUCACAUUUGCUACGCAAGGAAAGUUGUCCAGUUUGUACACUGCAUAUGAAGGAAUGCAAGUAAGGAUUGGCUUGAAUUCCAUGGAAUUUCCCGUGUGAGACUCUAUUUAUAUUAAGUGGAAAGUUACUCUUUGCACAUAAAUUGGUAUAAUAAAAAGAAAUACAUAAACACUCACAGUGUAUAGAUAGGUCCUUGGGUCAAAAGUUGUAAAUAAACGUGAAAAAUCUUCUCAUGUAAUUAUUUUCAUAUCCAACAUACUAAUCUUUUGAUACUUUAUAUAAUAACUUUUUCUUCAAACAUAACAUCCUAGUUCUAGAAUCAUCUUUAUUACAUGUGAUUUUAAAAGAAUACCUACUAAGUUAAGAUGAGCCAAUGUGAACAAAUGGUAGGAGUCUCCAGGAAAAGGGGGCCUGGGGUCAGUAAUUAGGAAAAUUGGAUAUGUCUCUUUUCUAGGAAAGGCUGCCCCAAGUCAUUUGGAUUUUUUAAAAAUAUUUCUUUCUAAUGUUAAAGUAUUGGGAUCAAAUUCAAGUCUAUCGCCUAAAAGAAAGCAAUUAGACUAAAAAUCUCCACUGGCAAAGCAGAGAGUUUAGAGGGAAAAAAAGGCAAAGAAAUCUAGGUUUCUGCCUAUUUUGAAAAAGUAAAUCAGUUCAUCCAUUCAGCUCCCUUAUUUCUCCAAAUGAUAUUUAUUUGAAGUCUACUGAAAGCACUGGGUUAUGUGGGAACACCCAGAUAAAUGCAAUGUUAUCCCUGACUUAACAUUUUACUGUCUAGAUUUAUUUGGAAUGACAUUCAAAUUUCUCCAUAAGUACAAGGAAUAAGAUUGUGUGGACUAUUUUAUGAGCAGUCAUCAUAAAAUCAGCCGUUUGUUAAAAGAUCUCCUGUGAAUUCAUUUGGGACAUGAAUUAAACAUCUUACAAGUUACUGAAGUUGACAAAUAAGAUAGUUUCAAUGUUAUCAUCCAAACACAAACUGGUCUGGACGGAUCUUACAUCACUGGCUAAUUGCCUAUCUGUAUUCCAACUUGACCAUUAAAUCAACAGCAGAUGUUGGUCUUGGCUAAGAAUCUUGGAGGCGAUUGUUUUCUUACUAAAUUACGAGAAGUGAGGUAAGCUAAAAGAGUGAGGUAGAGCGAGGGAGGGGUCUGCAAGAUCACUUCCAGUGAAGUUCAACCACAAACUCUAGGACUGAAGGCACAGAAUGAUGCGGGGGCCACAGCCUCACAGCUCAGAGCUCUCUCACCCAUUCAGAGGAGUCUCGAGGAAAAGGUGACCUUACAUCAGUACUUCUGAAAAUUUGGAUAUAAACCUCCUUUCUAGAUCAAUCUAUACCAACUUAUCACUGACAGCACCUUCGUUGGAUACUGGAACUUGACUUUGUCUUCUGAUUCACAAAAUUUAUAUGGUUUCUACUGGGAUAGGGAAAGUGGAAUCACUUAUUUUGGAGAAGGAAAAGAAGAAAAUUUUUUAGUGUUACGGUAGAAGAAAUGUAUUCAGUGAAUGUAGCCUCGUUCAUCUGACAACACAAGACCCUUACACAUCAAGUAAUGUCCCAUUAAUAACCGAAGAUAGGUGCAAGUAUAAUCCAAGUGGCCCAAAACACGCCACAAGAACUCCACUUUAGUGUAUUUUUUUAUGAUUUCUAUAGUACAUACUUGAUUUCAGUUGUUUUAGGGUUUCUCUUUUGUUUUAUUUUUAUCCUCCUAGGAAAACAUAUUUCAGAGUGUAUGAGAGGAAGAAAAAAGAGUUUCAUUUGUUCCAAGAAUAACUUAUUCAACUCAGUAGAGCGAAAUCAAAAUGCCAUUUAAAGCCUGCAAAACGCAUGGAAAUCUCAGAUUCCAGAGACCAGUACUAUCAAUGCAAAUAUGCAGAACCAAUGAAAUCAAUUUGAGGAGAAUUAAUAGGAAAACUACACAGACUAUUUUUUUUUCUGCUUUAUCUCCCCAAACACCCCCUGCACACAGUUGUA